UGUUCUUCGGUUGGGGUUCUCGAAAUCCUCGAUGGCCAUGCCCUGAUUUGGGGGGCCCUGACCAUAUGCCGUGGUCUCGUACCUGCCAGAGUGGCGUUAUGAGGGCGCGAACUGGGACACGAUCAGCGAACAUUCCUCCCACAUUCUCCUCUUCUCGCUGGAGCCCGACCCGAAGGGCAACAUCAUUGCCAUGGACCGUCUGCCACGCAGGGAGCUGAUGUUGCAAGCAAGGGCCGCUGCGACCAGGUAUGGUUCGAAGCUCAUGAUAUGCUUCGGGGGAAACGCUCGCUCCAAUGGCUUCUCCCCUAUGGUGCGCAAGCGCAAGCGGAGGGGACGGUUUUUGGAGCGGUUAGGGAAAUUGAUGGAGAAGCACAGUUUGGACGGGGUAGACUAUAAUUGGGAGUAUCCCGGUUACAGCUUCGGCAAGGGAUAUCUACCCGACGAGGAGAUCAGAUUAGACUACAAAGGCCUCAGUGCUCUCAUUCGAGAGACCAAGGAUUACGGGCGUGUGCAUAAAUAUGUGAAGCGAUGGCUGAAUCAGUGAGCUUCUGGGUAAUUGAAACUCACACAUGCGUUCAUGUUACAUCCCAGUCAAGGUGAAACCGAUGAACGCCAUGGGAGACCAGGGGAACACAGCCAAUAGGGAUUUUGCGCAACAUGCCUCCAAGGAAUUCUUUGCCUCGAGGGGCACGCCGAAGGAGGUGACGAUGGCGUACUACCCAGACGGGCGACAGGAGGAGCUGAUCAAAGAAUAUGGGAUCGACCAGCACGUCGACUUGAUGCACAUGAUGAGCUACGACCAGACUGGACGGGGUGUGCACCACAGUACCUUAGAGUACGGCUUGAAGACCGCAAAACAGGGGGCCGAGAUCCUGCCACCGUUAAAGCUGACGCUUGGCGUGCCUUUCUACGGUCGCCACAGCCUCACGGGAGACUGGGUCACCUACGAGGACCUUGUGCAGCAGCACCACCCUCUCGGGCCGGACGUGAAUCAUGUGCCAGUAGAUCCUGAAAAGUUUGGCGGUGAGGCGACCCAGAAUUUCAACGGAGUGAAGUGGAUCGAAGAGAAAACUGCGUUUGCGUUGCGGCACGGCUUGGGCGGAGUCAUGAUUUGGGAGGUGGGUCAGGAUUGCCGCCUUGUUCCCGUGACACACGGUGCCAAAACACAUGUCCGCACUUGUCCAGAGGAUAAUGCAUCCUUGCUUUUAGCCAUCACGCGCGCGGCCGUUGCUGCAGGGCGCGCCAGAGAGCAGUCCUCCGACGUGGCACUGCCAGGCAGCACGAGCGGCGCGAAAGGCGCGGACGAGUUGUGAUUGUCAUGGCUCGCCUCGUGAUUCAUAA